CAGUAUCUGUACCGUGUGCAUAAUAUGUGUUCAGAUAGCGUUUUGUACAGCGGUAAAACUGUGAAGCGGUAAAAAUUGUGAAACUAAAUGAAACGUUUAUUAAUUGUUUAUUAUAAUAAACGAUGUGCGAAAUUUCAUUAAUUUAUAAAUUUCGAUGUAAUUUCUAAAAUGAUUUCGAAGCUAUUGUGCACUGAUGUUCUUGCUAUCCACAGCAGACGUAACCUCAUUUUCGUAGGCGUAGGUACGACAUUGCAUAUUUUUCGUGCUGACACUUUCGUGUUAGAAACAAAAAUAGAUUGUCUUUAUCCAAAUAAUAUACACGGUAUUGUCGAAGGUCCUAAUAAUAAAUUAGCUGUGUUCGGUGCUAAUACUUUUUGUACUUAUCAUAUUUGUAUAAAUGAAGAAACUUUGCAGAUUAAAGAAGAUAAUAACAAAGAGUUUCUGAACAAUUGGAUAAUAACAGCGAACUGGCUUACUUUUUCUAAGUGUGAUUAUUUAGUUAUUUUAUCGGCUCAUAAUAGCGUAUAUAUAUACAAUACGUCCAACAAACAUUACCAAGAACAAUGGUGCAAAGAAAAGUGUAUUCUAUACGCUGGUUUCAUUUUCGUGAAAAAUAACAAAGACUUGGUAGUCUUUAGUGGGACCGUUUUUCAAGAAAUAUUAAUAUGGGAAUUAAAUCCUAUUAAUUGUACGAAUAAAGCUAUGUCAGUUUUACACCGUUUACAGGGACAUAAUGGUGUAAUUUUUUCAGUUAUAUUCGAUCCAGUUACAAACUUUAUUUGUUCUACAUCCGAUGAUAGAACAAUCAGAUUAUGGUCAAUAAAUUGUAACAGUAGAGAAAAUGAAACCGAUGUGAAUUGGAAAAAUGCAAAAAUAAUGCUAACGAGAACCAUCUUUGGGCAUACAGCUAGGGUAUGGAAGUGUAUUAUUAAUAAUGACACUUUAAUAACAAUAGGUGAAGAUUCUCUUAUGUGCGUCUGGUCAUUGAAUGGUAAAUUACUUAACAAAAUUUGUGCUCAUCAUGGGGCUGCUAUAUGGAGCAUUGAUACAUCGGACGAUAAUAAAUAUGUUUUUACUGGUGGAGCUGAUGGUGCGGUUCACGUAUGGCCUCUUGUUAACAAUUACGUUCAAAAGGUUUUUGUAAUACCCAAAAACUUUUUGUGUUCUUCGCCAAAACGUGUUUGUUCUUUAUGUAAUGGAAACUUUUUGGUCUUCAAUGAAGAUGGGAAUCUUUUUGUUGUUAAUAAGUUGUACAGCGAUCCAAUCGAAUCACUAUAUCUAAAGAAAUAUAGUUCAUAUUGUGUUAUGGAAGUAUCAUUAUGCCGAUCUUGUAUUUGCUUUGCAUCAAGAGAUGGGGACAUAUGUAUCUAUAAAGUAAGUAUUAAGAAACUAGAACUAAUUCUCGAAGAAAAGAUAAUGGACUGUCAGAUCCUUUCUAUUCAAUGGUUACAAGAUAAUAAAAUAAUAGCGUGUGGAUCAGAUGGAAUAUUGAAAAUAGUUGCCUUCGAUAUGACAGCAUCUAUUACUAUAGAAUCAACGUGUUCGUUACCACCAAGUCGAGAACGUUGGCUGACAGCUGCGGUACUUUACGAAGGAUUAUUAAUAUGCGGUGAUAGAGCUGGAAAUAUGCACGUUUUCAAACUUAAAGAAUACGUUUUACACAAGGAAGUAUAUAUAAAGGAGACUAACGAUAAACCUAUUCAAACUUUUACUAAAGUUCAUGGAAAAGUUGGCAUUCAAAGCUUUCUAAUACUAGAUUCAAAAUUGGUAUCAUCGGGUCGUGAUGGAAUGUUAAGAUUUUACGAAUUGAGCGAACACGAAAAUUCCAAACUGUUACGUAUUUUACAUAAAAAAAAAAUGCCAAUGGAUUGGAUCAGUGGGAGUAUAAAAAUUUCAGAUGACAUCCUGAUAUUGGGUUUCAAGGAGGUAGAGUUUUUGGUGUACAGCAUGUUUUAUCGCAGAACAAUAGCAAGAAUUCCUUGCGGCGGUGGUCACAGGUCAUGGGAUUGUAUGUUAUCCGGUGAAUUAAUCACAUUUCUUUAUAUUCGUAACAAACGAGUACAUGUUUUUGAAUUUUCAUUAAAUUCUAUCGAAUCACCAGUUUUAUUAAAUGGUUUCCAUACGAAAGAAGUGUAUUGUAUCGAACCUAUACUGAAAUUAAAUCAAGAGAAUGUUUUAAUAUCUGGAGGAGAAGAUGGCAGUCUACGUGUCUCAACUAUUACAAAUACAUUGAUAAAGAACAAUUUGAGUUUCCGAACGUUGGUCAUUUUUAAUGGGCAUAUAUCCAGCAUAAAAUCUAUAAUUUCCGUGUGUUUGCAAUCGAAUUUAUUAUGCAGUAAAUACCUUGUCUUCUCGGUUGGUGGAAGAGCACAAGUAAAAGUAUGGGAAAUCGAUAUAAAAAACUGUGAGACCACUCUAAAAGACUCGGACAUUUCUUGUUCUGACGUUACAUCUCACAUGCUAUACGGAAUCGACCAAAUUCGAAGGAAACAAUCGCAAGAACAUAAUCAGUCUUACAUUAUUCAACCUGAGACACGAUAUAUGGAUAUUACGAUCUAUCGUGAUAUACAGAAUUUAGAUUGCAUAUUCCUUUUUAUUGCUUGUGCAGAUGGAUUCGUCAGGACAUUUUUAUAUAAUUUGAGAACGAAAUAUGUCUCGUUAAAAAUACAUGUGAAAAUUGUCGACCGUUGCGUAGUGAAAAUAAGUAUUUUAAAGUUUGAUGAAAAAGUAAUUCUAUUAACGAUGUCAACCGAUGGAGUUGGUCGUUUUAUCGAUUUUACCGAAAUAAUUUCGAAAAUAUCAAAAGGAAUGCGAAGCGACAAUCAAGAAUUAGACGACUGUACCGAUAUGAUUCUUGCGAAAUUCAAAUUACAUCAAUCUGGAAUUAAUUCAUACGCCAUAAAAACAAUUAAGAAGGACGAGUAUUUAUUGGCAACUGGUGGCGAUGAUAAUUUAUUCAAUCUUAUACAUUUUAAAAUUUCUUCAUCCGAAGAUGGUGAACAAGUACACAUUUUAUUACUAUCAAAAUGGAAUACGUCGACCGCACAUUUUGCACAAAUUACAGGUAUAAAGUUUCACGAAGAAGAUAAAAUUUUUAGCAUUGGAUUGGACCAACAAAUCAAUAUGUACAAUUAUAGUUUCGCCAAUGAUAUUUUAUCUGUGAAAGUAUUGAAAACUAUUUUCACGUUCGUGACAGAUGUAAAAGGCUUAACUUUGUGGGAUACACCAAAGAAUGGAUCAGCUAUAUGUGCUUAUGGUAAAGGUUUUGAAGUUUUACUUUGUUAAUGACAACUAUGUACAACAAAUUUAUGGUAAUAGAUGGCGAGUGCACAGGAAGACAACACAUUAAGUUCAAUACAUUCAAUGUUGAAACAUUCGAAUAUCAUUGUUUUGUUACCGAAAUAUUUUUAAUAAAGACAUAUAUUAACGAGAGAA